AAUCCCGUCCAACUAUCCAAGCAUAAAUAAAUAUCAGAAUCUCCCCUCUCUUUUUCUCCAACACUAUUUUAGGCUUUUCUUCCCCUUUUUCCUCUAAAGAAACUUCACAACACCAUUCCCUUCUACUUCUUUCACCAUUUUCUUCCUUCAUAGUUCCUCCAAUGAAUAACCAAUUCCAUCUUCUUCUUCUUUCCUUCCUCCUCUUCUUUGGCCAUCCGAUCCACGCCCGGCCCACCUCUGCCUUCCGAUCAAAUGACGGAUCUGAAGAAUGGGGAUACGUACGUGUCCGCCCCAAAGCUCAUAUGUUUUGGUGGCUUUAUCGAAGUCCAUACAGAGUUGAGAAUCCUUCCAAGCCUUGGCCAAUCAUUCUUUGGUUGCAAGGUGGCCCCGGUGCUUCGGGAGUUGGAAUUGGUAAUUUUAAAGAAGUAGGUCCACUCGACGCUUCACUUAAGCCUAGAAACUCAACCUGGCUUCACAAAGCAGACCUUUUAUUUGUGUUGUAUUUUUGGGGGAAGGAUAAUCCGGUGGGGACAGGGUACAGUUUCGUGGAGGAUACAAAUUCGCUGGUGAAAUCGGAUUUAGAAGCUGCCACGGAUUUAACGACCCUUUUACAAGCGAUUUUCAAUAGAGAUCAGACGCUUCAGAAGAGUCCGCUUUACAUUGUUGCUGAAUCCUACGGUGGAAAAUAUGCCGUCACGCUUGGGUUAUCGGCUUUAAAAGCUAUUGAAGCUGGGAGGUUAAAGCUUACACUUGGAGGGGUUGUUUUGGGUGAUAGUUGGAUUUCCCCCCAAGAUUACACGUCUUCAUGGGGACCUCUUCUGAAAGAUUUGUCAAGGCUUGACGACAUUGGAGUGGCCAAAUCAAACAGUAUUGCGAAGAGAAUUGAAGAGGAAAUAGAGAAGGGUGAGUUCGUGGCAGCUACAUCCUCGUGGAGUGAACUGGAAGAUGUGAUCAGUGCCAGCAGUAAUGGUGUGGAUUUCUAUAACUUCUUAUUGGAUUCGGGAGCGGAUUCAGUAUCGUCGGAAAGAGCAAUGGACAUAUCAAACGGCGUCGCUUCAAUGAGAAGAUAUUCAAGAUACCUCAGUUCAUUAAGAACCACAGUGGGAGGAGAUUCUAUUAACUUAUAUGAUUUGAUGAAUGGUGGCAUAAGAAAAAAAUUAAAAAUAAUCCCAGAUAAUGUGACAUGGGGUGGGCAGUCCGAAUAUGUUUUCCAAAGUCUUCAACAAGACUUCAUGAAACCAAGAAUUAAUGAGGUUGAUGAGUUGCUUGCGAAAGGAGUGGAGGUGACCAUAUACAAUGGCCAAGUGGACCUUAUAUGCUCAACCAAAGGAACUGAAGCAUGGGUUCAUAAGCUCAAGUGGGAAGGGCUUAAAGGUUUUCUAAGUACAGGAAGAGCCCCUCUAUAUUGUGGAAAUGAUAAAGAUACAACAAAAGGAUUCACAAAGUCUUACAAAAAUCUUCACUUCUAUUGGAUCCUUGGAGCUGGCCACUUUGUACCGGUUGACCAGCCGUGCAUAGCGUUAGAUAUGGUGGGAGCCACGACGCGGUCGCCGGCUGCAAUUGCACACAAGUAAACCAAUCAGGGGGAACAUGUCAAACACUGCCACACCCUUACCAUUUAAAAUAACACCAACACUAGUACAUAAAUAAUUGACCUACCAAUUUCUCUCUCUCUCUCUCUCUCUCUCUCUCUCUCUCUCUCUCUUCUUAAAUUUAAUUUUUCUUUUAAGGUACGAUUAAUUAUCAAUGAUUUUUCUUCACAUUAUUAACAAAUAAUUGAAUAUUUAAUGUGCCAAAUAUACAAAUAGUACCUACUUUCUUAUUCGGAUGGCGAGAAA